AUGAAGAACCUCAGACUGGCCGGCCAGAUCAGAAACGCGUCGUCGUUCGCUAAGAAGAGCGAUGUUGCGACUCCUUUUCCCACCAAGUUCCAUCCUACUCGUUCCGCCAACACGACCAAGAUCAAUCUUCCUGCCGGUGUUGUGCACAACCCUCCAGCCAGUGCGCCCUCUCCACACCAGACCCCUAGUGCUUUCCUGCCGGCCGAUGAUGCUCGUCGUCAUGCUGUUUGGAACACCAAGCAAGAGCACCAGAUUGAGAACAUGCCUCCGUUGACAGAGCCUACCACCAAGAAGUACCACUUGACUGAAGCCGACAUUUCCGAGAUCCAGCGGUUGCGUCUGGAGGACCCUGAGAAGUGGACUCGCAAGGCACUUGCUGAAAAGUUCAAGUGCUCGCCAUUCUUUGUGUCGAUUGUUUCUAAGCCAAAUGAGGAGCGCCAGCAGAAAAUGGAUCAGCAUUUGGAUACUAUCAAGUCCAACUGGACUGAGCACCGUACUAAUGCUAGAAGAGAUAGACAGCGACGACGUGAGCUGUGGUUGAGAGAUGUUUAA